AAGCACAUCUAUGCAACACACGUUGCACGCUCCUACACGCACCUUCUCGAUCCACCUUCGUCUUCUCCUUCGCAGGCGAGAUUCAUUUUUCAGCUGCAGGUUGAUAUUCUGGUCAGAGGGGUGGACUAAUCGGUUUCUCGAAUCUCUCUGGCUUCCUCUCCAAUCAGCACAAUGGAGAAAAGAGACGAGGAUCUGAAGAAGGCUCAGAUGCUGGACGCUCGAGCCAGGAACAUCAGCCACAAUGUUCGCUGCACUGAGUGUGGGAGUCAGUCCAUUGAAGACUCACAGGCAGAUGUCGCUAUUCUCCUCAGACAGCUGAUCCGUGAUGAGAUAGGAGCUGGAAAAACCGACAAAGAGAUAUACAGUAAGCUCGAGGAUGAGUUUGGGGAGACGGUGCUUUAUGCCCCCAAAUUUGAUAUGCAGACCGCUGCGUUGUGGCUAACUCCGGUUCUGAUUGCUGGAGGUACUGCAGCAGGGUUGGUUUAUAGUAAGCACAGGCAAAGGACAAACGUACACAUCAUGGCGUUGGACCUUAUUAGAGGUGUUUCGUUGACUCCAAAAGAGAGAGUUACCAUUCUCGAUGUUCUUAUUCCACCUCCCCCUCCUCCUCAGGGAGUUGCUUCCCGGUUGAGGAGAUUGCUAAACCGGUAGUUGCCCUGUCUCCUUAGCUCUCUGCUGUUUUUGAGUCAGAUAUUAUCGUCUUAGCCACUCGCAAUAAAAAAAGCAAUGUGGAGCAUGGAGUGGGUACCACGACGUUGACUGUCUAUGAGAAACUGAUGGUUUGCAUCUUUUACUAGCAGUUUUCUUACUUAUAAUGUUGAAAAUGGAUUCUUUCAUAGGAAUUUCUUGGUAUAUUAUAUGAAGCAUAGUUGAACGUGUGAUUUGUUUGAUAUUUUCUAUGGAACUGAAAACGGAGUGUGGUUGUGCUGUUAUAUUCAUUCCGGCACAUAGACAGCUUUAUUUCCAAGUUA